ACGGUUGUUAAGUGUAAUAAUUGUCAUACAUAUGCAGGAAUAUAUAAAUAUCGUCUGUCAGAAACGUAAAGUCAUUGGAUACCGCCCAUAAACCAAUAAGUACCGAUAGAUAUGUAGAGAGAGAAAGAGAUCAUUACUCAACGCCUAUACAUGCAUUUAUAUCUGUAUCUGUAUCUGUAUCUGUAUAUGUAUAUGUUUGCGUAGUUCUUUGUGUGUGAGGAAAAAUGGGUGGGAGUAAAUGGAGGAAAGUUAAGCUUGCUCUUGGGUUGAAGCUCAACACAUGUCUUCACGAACCAAGAACCAUCGAGGACGCGCCGCCGUUGUCCGCCGGGAGGUUGUCUGAUGCCGCUUCCUUGUCCUCGCUGCCGUCGCGGCGAAAUCCCACCACGCCUACGCCAUCUUCCUCCGGACUCCGCUUGUCGAAACACUCCUCCAAAUCUUUCGAGAGGACCUGUGCAAUAUGUUUGACGUCCAUGAAACCUGGCCAUGGCCAUGCCAUUUUCACGGCAGAAUGCUCACACUCCUUUCAUUUCCAUUGUAUUACAACUAAUGUAAAACAUGGAAAACGAAGUUGUCCGGUUUGCAGAGCGAAAUGGAAAGAAAUACCCCUCCAGAGUCCUGUUACCGAUAAACCGCGUGGAAAACCACUCUUAAACAAUUUGUCCUGGCCUCGAGAUGAUACCUGGUUGACCGUUAUAAGACAAUUGCCCCCUUCCCGAUUGGUCGCUAAUCAACAUGUUUCUUCAUUUUUUCAUCCGGUGGAACCUAGGGUGUUCGAUGAUGAUGAACGUCAACUACCUGAUGUCACCCUAUCUUCUGGUAAUGAUGUGACUGAUGACCAUUCUGUCGGAGUCAUGGAGGUUAAAACAUACCCAGAGGUUUCUGCUGUUCCGAAGUCAACAUUCCACAAUAAUUUUGCUGUUCUGAUUCAUCUCAAAGCUCCUGUUACUACCAGGCCCCAACUUUCUGGAAUAAAUCAAACAUCUCGUGCUCCAGUCGAUCUCGUCUCAGUGCUUGAUGUUAGUGGUAGCAUGGCAGGUAGCAAGCUUGCCUUGCUGAAACGGGCAGUGGGAUUCGUGAUCCAAAACCUUGGCCCCUCUGAUAGGCUUUCAGUAAUUGCCUUCUCAUCCACUGCUCGUCGUCUCUUUGCUCUUCGUAGGAUGACUGAUAAUGGAAAGUGCGAAGCUUUACAAGCUGUUAAUUCUUUAAGAUCAAAUGGUGGGACAAACAUUGUCGAGGCCCUUAAGAAGGGUGCGAAGGUGAUGACUGACCGCAAGUGGAAAAAUCCAGUUUGUAGUAUUAUAUUGUUGUCCGAUGGACAAGACACGUAUGCUCUUAGCAGCCCGAGUGGUACCAACACACCCAAUACCAGUACUGAUUACCAAUCAUUACUCCCGAAUUUCAUGCAUCACGAUAGUGCUUCCGAUUUCCACAUUCCCGUACACACAUUUGGAUUUGGUGUAGAUCAUGAUUCAGUCUCAAUGCAUUCAAUCUCCGAAACUUCUGGGGGA